UUAAGUCAGGAAAAUUGUAAAGAAAAUUUUGAUGUUGUUCUCGAGAGUAAUGAACCGCUUUUAACAAGUACAAAAUAUUUAAAUUCUAGCAACCUUUGGCUUGUCAGUGAACGUUUUCUUUCAACAUUAAAAUAUGACAGAACAACAUGAAAAUAAAUGGUCUACCUAUGGAUUUAGAAUCCUCAUAAACACUGUUUCUCAUCCAUUUGAAUAUGCAAAAGUUCUCAUACAGAUUGGAUAUGAACCUAUUCCACCCAAACCAUCUACUACUUUUUUCGGAAAACCUGCGCUCAAAUUACCAAAUAUUUUCCAGUAUGUUAAGCAUAUUAAAACUGUUGAUGGGUUUACCGGGUGUUAUAGAGGAUUAGAAUCAAAAGCUUGUGGUAGCAUAUUGAGUGCAAUUGCUACUCAAAAGGUAACAGAUUACUUAGAAAUGAACAGAAAUGAUGAAGAUGAUGAUGAGUUAGAUGUUGAGCUUUUAAAGAGAAAGCGGUUUAUUCGCAACACAAGGAAUGAUAUUGUUACUAGAGCAACUGCCAUUAUAGUUAGUCAGCCUUUUCAUGUUAUAACAGUAAGAAUAAUGGCACAGUUUAUUGGAAGAGAAGUUAAAUAUCGGGGUAUAUUUGGAUCGAUAGGUGAAAUUUAUAAACAGAAUGGAUUGCUGGGAUUCUUUAGUGGUUUGAUUCCUAGACUUCUCGGAGACAUUUUGACAGUAUUGGUGGCCAAUACCUUAACAUAUGUUAUUAAUACAUAUAUUGUCGAAGAAAAAGAAUUACAAGUUUAUACUUCCGCCACUAUGAUGUUUAUUGCAACUGCCGUUACUUAUCCAUUCCAAGUAGUUUCUAAUUGCAUGGCCGUUUCAAAAUCAGGACUUAUGGCAGGCUCACCACCAUUUAUGCCACACUAUGGAACUUGGGUAAAUUGUUGGACAGACCUAUCAAAUCGUAACCAACUCAAACGAGGAUCGAGUCUUCUUGUUCGUUAUUAUGUGGGACCACAAUUUUCGGUUGAUAGUAAAAUGAUGCCUAAAAUGUCCAGUUUGAAAUAUUAGUAUGUUUUAUCGCAUUUUUACGUCCUGUUCACUGUAAUAAAUUCUUGUUCGAUGUAUUUAAUAAAUUUAUUGUUAUUCGAUGA